AAAUAUAGUAUGCCUUGACCCAUAAUUCAAAAGUAUUCAUUUCUCAUAUUAUUCAUCAUUCGGAAAUGUAUAGCGUAAAAAUAUCUAUUACUAUCAUAACGAAUAAUUUACAUAAAUUAACGUGCAAAUAUUGUCAUUUUUCAAAAAAUAGUUUCUUCAUUAUUUAUUAAAUAAUUUCGUACAAAUGCGCGAUUCAAUUUUUAUUCAGGUGUACAUGUAUUCUGUAAUUCAGUUGCCAUCACUAUCUUAAAAAGAAACAAAUUCUUCCGUUGAAAUUUAUUUUUGCCAAGGAGAAGAAAGUAGAAUUUGUUGAAAAAAUUCACAUUGUUUAAUCACUGAUUAAACAAUUAUUCAACAAUGUUUAAGUUGCUUCUUAUGUUAUCGGCAUUAUAUAUAUGUGGAGCACAUGACGACACAGAUUGUUCUACAUAUUAUGAUUCUAUAAUCAAUCCAUCAUUGCCUACCUCGUUCACUGAUCCAUGCACUAUUUCACCAGAUGUAGCUUAUAUCAAUUAUCCACCAUAUAUAUAUGAAAGUGGAGGUAGCGCAGUUGGAAUAUGGAAGGAUUAUUUAGACAACUUUUUCAAGAAAGUUUGCAGGAAUCCAGCCUUGACAGUCACGUACAACAAAAAAACCUCAACAAAUUCGAAACUUUUGCAAGAUGAAUGCAAAGUAUCUCCUACCUCUUGCCAAUUCUCUGUCCCAGCUGUGUCACUGGCUGGAGCUACUGAAAAAAAUGGUCAGCCGUUUGCGCAGUUCUUUUCUGUUGUUGGCGUGGCUUUUGUUACAAUCAAAGAUGAGGAAUGGCUUCAGGUUACAAGCAGUUUCGGAAAAGGUGUCAUCGAUGCAUGGCCGAUUCUCUUGCUUGCGGUGGUAGCAGCGCUCUUAACUGGAGCUGUCAUAUGGAUAUUGGACACAUGGUGGAAUGAAGAAGAAUUUCCACGAACGUUCGUUAGAGGUGUUUACGAAGGCUUUUGGUGGAGUUUCGUUUCCAUGACAACAGUCGGGUAUGGUGACAAAGCUCCUCGAGGUUUUCCAGGACGCUUAUUUUCCAUCUUCUGGAUCAUAGCUGGUAUUACCAUUAUUAGCAUCUUAACAUCAGUGUUGGGCAAUGCUUUGACACAAUCUGUUAUUAUUGAAGAAGUUAAAAUGGCGGGCUUAAAGGUUGGUCACUUACCAGAAACUUCAGUGGCAAAGCAAAUCAUUUCGAAGGAAAAAGGAAUAGCAAUAGAAGCUAGUUCAAUUGAAGAAUUGGAAAGAUUGAUCGCAACUGGAGAAGUUGAUGGAUUAGCAAUGGAUUCCCGUCAAUUGGAAUAUUACUACAAAGAGCGCUUUUCAAAAAUCAAGGAUGUCACUUUCAAACUUCAAAACAUCUAUUCCUUUUCCCAAUCUUAUGGCAUGUCCUUUUACGAUAUUUCCACUACCGUCAGUCCAUUCGUCACAGAAUCAGAUUGGCCUCCUUGCUUACGGAAGUACGUAAAUAAAAAUGCAGAUUCGACGGAUGUUAUGGAAGGCGAGUACCGAGAUUCACAAUCUUCUAAGAUGGAUCCCACUAUCCUUGUGAAAAAAGAAGCAAAGGAAAUUGCUUUAAUUGAUGCAAAUUCUGAAGAGUUUAUAAACUUCAUGUACAUGUUGUUUUACCUGUUGUUGGCUUUCUUUAUCAUUGGGCUAGGAUUUGAUCUGUUUGUAAAGUAUAUCUACAAUAGAGAAAGUCAUAUCGGAAAAAAUGCUGGUUAUGUCGGAGAAAACGACACAGAAGGUCAAAAAAUCGACAUGGUAAGUUUGACAAAAGAAGAGAAAGUGAUUGCUGAUUUAGUUGAACGAACAGUCCAGUCCACUACAAAGAAAAUGAAGGAAGCCGAAAAGCAAGUGAAAUUUGAAAUCAUGGAUAUGUCGCGGACGAUAAGAAGAGAAAUGAUAGAAUUGAAAAGAAGAGUGGAAAAAUAAACGUAAUUCAAAACCAACAAAAUUUGAAAGUCUGAAUGAUUUGAAAGUCUUUGCAAACUUUUUUAUUUUAUUUUUAAGAGCCGAUAGACAGACAGGAUUCAAAAAACAUAUUUCUACGCCUUACCUAGACUCCUGCAAAUUUUGCGCGGUUGCAUUUCGCGCUAAUGACAAAUGUAUUUACAGCUUGGCUUGUGGUAUACAUGUUAUAUAUGCACUAUGUUUUAACAUAAAUGUACUACUACACAGGAGAUAUCUGUAUAUAGUUCAUAUCGCACAAUUUAUUAGGUUUAAAUUUUUUCAAUAUAUGCACCGAAAAUAUCUAUUUUACUUAUUUCUCGUGUUGCAUGUAAUCGGAAAAAUAUAUAUUUUCCUAUUUUUUGCAACCUCGUCCCCAAGACUCUUCUACUCCUAUGAUACUUUGAUGGGACAGCUCCCUACAGCCUUAAAUUAAGCUGGUGAAAGGAAAUUUUCUUUUGGGUGAUUUGUAAUCAAUCAAUUAACUAGACAACCACAUAAGAUAUCAAUUCUAUUCUUAUGCUGAACGUUAAGCAGAAAGGAUCGAUUUACAAUUUUAAAGCCUU